AUGAAAUUGAUUCCAACAUUUUUAGCUCUUUUGAGCUCGGUGUAUUUUGCCAGUGCCAACUUUUCCAGUGAUUGUGACCCAAUGAAGAACACCUGUGACCCAGAUCCUGCCCUUGGUACUUCUGUUUAUUUGGAUUUCAAAGAAACCUCCAACUAUUUUUCCGCUUACGGGUCUGCCGACAGAAUCAGCUAUAGCAGCACCGGGUUGACCGAAUCUUUCAAAGCUCAUGGUGAUUCUCCAUCCCUUAGAUCCAAUUUUUACAUCAUGUACGGGAAGGUCGAGGUGAGCGCCAAAACCGCUGAAGGUACCGGUAUGAUUUCCAACGUUUUCUUGCAGAGUGACGAUGGUGAUGAAAUUGACUUUGAAUGGGUCAGUGGGACACGUAAACAAGUCCAAACUAAUUAUUUCGGUAAAGGUGUCAAUGGGAAUUAUGACAGAGGUACCAAGGUCGAUCUUUCUUUUGAUACCACUUCCGAUUACCAUACUUAUGUCAUUGAAUGGACCGAGAAGGAAAUUGUUUGGACCGUCGAUGGCAAAACCGUGAGAACUUUGGAAAAAUCCUCGGUCUCUAGUGAUGGAUCCCAUGAUUUCCCAGUUUCCCCAUCGAGAAUCUUUUUGGGGCUUUGGGCUGGUGGUGAUUCUACCAAUUCCGGUACCGUUUCCUGGGCCGGUGGGGCCACUUCUCUUGAUGGUGUGCCAUUUGAUUUGAAUGUGAAAUACAUCAAGGUUUCUGACUAUUCUACUGGUACUCAUUACAAGUACACUGACAAGACUGGGAAUAAUAUCGAAUCUGUUGGUGGUAGUAUUAAUGGUAGAAGUGGUGCUGGAUUCAGCAAUGAUGUCGCUGCUGCUAAUGGGUACUCUUCUUCUUCUUCUUCCACUACUAUCUCUUCUUCCUCUUCUUCCUCUUCUUCCACUACUACCUCCUCCUCCACUACUACCACUGUCUCUUCCACUACAUCUUCUGCCGCUGCCAUUUCUACUGUUUCUACCGUUUCUGCCACUCCUGGUUACUCCAAUGGUAGUUAUGUUGCUGGCUCUACUUAUUACAAUGCCGGUAGCAGCGCUUACACCGUCGAUGCCCAAGGUGCCACUUAUUAUCUCUCUACCUCUUCUUCUUCUUCUUCCUCUUCUACUCCUGUCGCUGUCUCUAGUACUUCUGUUCCAGUUGCAUCUGAUGCUGCCGCUGUCACCACUACAUCUGAUGCCUAUUCUAAUGUUGCCGCCACCGCUUCUACUUUGACCACCACCGACACUGAUUCUGACGUGUGGAUCACCAGCGAGACUACCGAAACUUCAUUUUUCACUGCUUCAUACACCACCGUUGUCGAUGGUCAUACCACCGGUGUCAGCUACGGUAUCAGUACCACUGGUGGAUCAUUGCAAACUUACACCACUGCAUUCGUGCCGUUGACAUCUACCCAAACCAACACUCAUUUUGUUACUAUCAGAAGAAAGCAUUCUAGUAGUAGUUCCUACGCCGUUUAUGGGGGUAACACUUCGAAUUUCACUGGGAUCUACGAAGGUGAUGCUGUCCAAGCUGCAGUUUCUGGCAAAUUGCAAAUGGCGAUCAUUGGAAUGGUUGGAUUCUUGGGCUUUGCAGUCGCUCUUUGA